CCCAGUCCAUCACCUACCACUCACCUUUCGCAUACAGCACGAAACAGCCCCUUGAUCCAUCGUGGAAACCAUGGCUAUAAUCGCCGACGAUGCGCCAAACCUGGCCGGCAGUGUCAUCACGUUGACUAUACUUGCCUUUAUGACCUACGGAAUGCGGAUGUAUUGUAGAAUAAGCAGAAAGUCGUGGGGGGCGGAAGAUUGGAUCAUGACUGUGGCAGUGGUGCCGUUCUGUGUGCUCGUGGCGGGCUGCCUUGGAGGCGCGUUUAAUGGCAUCGGCAUUCAUAACUGGCGGUUGCAACAGCCUGAGAACGUAAAGUAUCAGGCGGGAGGUCAAAAGUUCUUUCUUAUUUUCGAAGUUGGUUACUGCGCCGCCAUCAUUCCGAUCAAGCUCAGCAUCAGUUGGAUGCUGAUCCGAGUCGCCGAAGGACGCAAGAUGUAUAUUUACACUCAGUACGCUGUAAUCGCCUUGUUCACGACCAUGAACAUAAUUGCGCUUAUUUUCAUUCUCGUGAACUGUAUACCGGUUGAGGCCGCCUGGGACACGAGCCUUCUUGAGAAAGGAGGACACUGCCAACCUGCUCACGUUUUGACGGAUGUCUACUACGCUACUACUGCUGUAAACAUCGUCACGGACUGGCUGACAGCCUUAAUGCCGAUUCCCUUGCUCUGGCAUGUUAAGCUUAACCAUGCUGCUAAGGUAUCUAUUGUCGGUCUGAUGAGUCUCGGUAUACUGGCGUCUGUCUCCGCAUGUGUCCGACUCAAAUACACCGUCAAUCUGACCAACCAAACCGAUUAUCUCUUCGCUGUGGCUAAUGUGGUCAUCUGGGGGUUUGCGGAGAACGCCGUCGGCAUGAUUGUCGGCAACAUCUCAACGCUACGUCCGCUAUUCCGCAGUCUGCUUGACCACACUGUCCGAAAACCCGGGUACGGCAGCCGGUCCCGAGGCGGUCCUUCCAAACUGGCCUCCUCAUACGAGUUAUCUCAGAACGGAAAGAGCGGUAAUAACUUCACAACCACGCUGUCCGAGGUUCGAGACGGCCAUGGCACGAGAAGAAACAGCCAGUUAAGCGACGAUGACAGCAGGAAAUUGAUUUUCCAGGGCCAUGAUAAUCGUGACAUUCUCGUUAGCCGGCAAAUCAACAUAGCAUACGAUUAGCUGUCUCAAAAUGCACUCUAC